GGUCUCCUACGAUACGUAGCGCAAUCUACAGGAUUUUUCUUGAACUUGAAGCGUUUUAACCGACCAUGAUUUUACCGAUUUUCGUUUCGUGCCGUCAACGAAGUUAUUUUUGCGUUAUUUAAAAAAGAGAGUGACAAGGAAGAAAUAAUUUUACGAAUAAUAAAAUCGACAAGAUGUCUGGUUACACUGGACAAGAGAAUUAUUGGGCUCAAUCGAAUCCGAAUCCAUACAAGUACGAGACAUUCGAUUUCGAGCAACCUAACCAACAAUUUGAAUUCCAAACGUACGGUGAUCAACAAUCAGAAUAUAAUGCUUAUUCGCCCAAAAGUUAUUUAGAUCCAACGCAAGGCCCUUAUGCCGGUGAAAUGUAUCCACCAGAUGAUUUUACAAAAGGUGACCAUGGUUUUGGAGACGAAGUAGAACCACCAUUGUUAGAAGAACUUGGCAUUGAUCCCGAUAGAAUCGUACAAAAGACGUUGGCUGUAUUAAAUCCGUUUCAUAGGAGAGGACAAAUAGACGACGCUAAUUAUCUUCUUCAGGAUUCCGAUUUGGCUGGCCCGGUUACAUUUUGUUUAGCUCUUGCUGCAUUUCUUCUUUUAGCUGGUUCUAAAGCUCAUUUUGGUUAUGUAUACGGUUUAGCAACAAUUUCAUGUCUAUUGAUGUACAUUCUUUUAUCGUUAAUGAGUAGCACCGAUAAUAUUACUUUAUUGUCAGUGGCAUCUGUAUUAGGUUAUUGUUUACUACCUGUUGUAGCACUUUCAGCAGUUAGUAUUUUUACUACUCUUCGUGGUACCAUCGGUUUAGUCGUUGCAGCAAUGGCUGUGGCUUGGGCGACUUUGUCAGCUUCUAGACUUUUAUCUACUAUGUCUGGAGAAAACAAUCAACGUCCUCUGAUAGCUUAUCCUUGUUUUUUGCUUUAUGGAGUAUUUACUUUAAUCGUCAUUUUUUAAACAAGUAACCUAUAAAAAGAUAUUAUGUAUCGAUUAUAUACCCACCUUUUUACGUGUAAACAAACAAAAAGUUCUAGUAUUUUUUUAUUGCAAAUCUAAUAUACUUCCGUUUGCAAUAAUUUUUCUUUUAAAAAACAAACUUCUACAAAGAUAGAUAAAAAGUACAUAAUUCUAUUAAAAUUAGUAAGAUAUUUAAACAUAACAUUAUAUUCUAACAGUCCUUUUUUUUUUUAUUAGUAAUGUAAAACUAAAAUGUAUGUAACAAGAUAUCUCUACACACACACACACACACACACAUAUAUCAAAUUAUUUGUUAUAAUUUAUAAAUAAAUUUCUUAUACGAAGUAGGA